AUGGGUGACAUGGUAGAAACGGAGGCAAUGGAUGACAUCGCUGUUUACGAACUUCAUGGUGGCAUCGGGGACGGUGCAGAUAUGGUACUUGGAUUCAAUGGCUGCUUAAUUUCCGUCUCCAUAUCUCCUAGCAGCGGAUCGUCUGUAAGGGACACGCAAGGGCAGCAAGAUCGUCCUCUACAAGAUCAUUUUAUUGAUGCCAUAGACAAGGCUACCGUGUGUCAGGACAACGACGAGUAUGAGGAGCUUGUGGAUGAGGUUUUCAUCGUGAUUCUCGACGCCGGAAGACCUCUUUUCCGUCAGUUGACAUUCCCGCAAGGCGAACAGGGUCUGAGGAAAUCUCUGCAUCAUUACCUAUUUCCUCCUUUCUUCCACUUCCGUUUGGAAGCCCCUACGUCUACAGGCAGUGUCUCCAUUAUACCCAUCACUUCCGACGAAACAAAUAUCAUAUAUACAGUUGACCCUGCCACUGAUCAAGGUUCUCAUGACGAGUUGGGGAUCUGCCAAGAGUUGCCUAGCUAUACGCCUGAGGAACUCUUUGCUACCGAGGUGUUUGAACGUGGUUCACGGAGCGUUACAGCUGCCGUCCAAGUACAAAGGCAAGAUAUGUUGUGCAAGGCGAGUGGUGAACCAGACAGAAUCUCUAGUACCAGGAUUGGACGGGAGAUCCAAUGCCUUCACAGGAUAAGGGAAUACUUUCCAUCUGGAUCUAUACGUAUUCCUCAACUUCUUGGAUACGUCCAUCACAACGAUACGAAGCACAUUUUGGGACUUCUUCGACAGUGGGUGCCAGGACGCAGACUUGACGAUGUUGUUACUUCUGCUACGCCACAGAACAAGGAGAAAUGGGCUUCCCAAGUCCGGCAAACCGUGGAGCUCCUUCACCAAAAUAGAUUGAUAUGGGGAAACGGAUCCCCUGGAAAUAUCAUCAUCGAUGAGCAGGACAAUGCAUGGCUAAUUGAUUUUGGGGGCGGGUAUACACAAGGAUGGAUUGAUGAGGAACUAGCUGAAACAAAAGAAGGAGAUGAGCAAGCCCUGGAAAGGAUUACUCAAUUGCUAAGCGGAAGUGAGGGUAUGCCCGUAUCUCCAUAG